CUUUGCAGGGGGAGUCGCCCGGGCGCAAGCGCUGUUGGGGAAACACGGAGUCCGGGGCACUCGAGCGGCUUGAGCCAGCCAAGGCUGCAGGUAGCUGGUUAAAUGCAAUCCUAUCAGUAACGAAGGAGAGGUAACCAUGAGAAUAGCAGGAGCUGCAAAAUUGGUGGUAGCAGUAGCGGCGUUUCUGCUGACAAUUUAUGUCAUAUCUCAAGUAUUUGAAAUAAAAAUGGAUGCCAACCUCGGCAAUCUGUUUGCGAGAUCACCACUGGACCCACCUGUGCGCUCUACAAAACCACCAAGAUAUAAAUGUGGAACUACAAAAGCUUGUCCAGAAAAACAUUUUGCUUUCAAAAUGGCAAGUGGAGCAGCCAACGUCGUCGGACCUAAAAUUUGUGUAGAAGAUAAUGUAUUAAUGAGUGGAGUUAAAAACAAUGUUGGGAGAGGCAUCAACAUAGCUUUGGUAAAUGGCAAAACAGGUGAAGGAAUGGACACAAAGUUCUUUGACAUGUGGGGCGGAGAUGUAGCUCCACUUAUUGAAUUCAUAAAGACUAUUCCAGAUGGAACUAUUGUCUUAAUGGCAACCUAUGAUGACGGCGCCACUAAGCUAAAUGAAGAGGCACGGAAGCUCAUUGCUGAAUUGGGAAGCACAUCCAUCACGAGCCUUGGCUUCAGAGACAAUUGGGUCUUCUGCGGUGGGAAAGGAAUCAAGACUAAAAGUCCAUUUGAACAGCAUAUUAAAAACAACAAAGAUACAAACAAAUAUGAAGGGUGGCCAGAGGUCGUGGAGAUGGAAGGGUGCAUCCCACAGAAGCAAGACUGAAGGAGUCAUAAAAAUGACACAUACAAAACAGAAUGUUGGGAGGAAAAUGCACUUUCUUCUGCUGUUGGGUUUUGGAGAGAGUACUGUUCAUGGGCAGGAUCCUUUCAGGAUGGUACUUUGCACAAGCGCUGUAGAAAUGAACAGGAGUUGCAGAAGAACACGAUGGACUCCCAUUCAUCUAAAGGGGACUUGUGCAGGAAAAGGUCCCAGUGGAUUGUGCCCUGUGUAAAUAUUUUCCAAGCAUGUUUCCACCUUAGAGUGUGCAUGAGCAUUGAGGUUUUGAAUAUCUGGCUUAUUUAUUGUUAAAACAGAGAACUUUGGGUUUUUGUAAAUAGGCCCUAAAUAAAUGAAGCAAUUGUUUCUAAUGCAUUUCCCCCUAAAAGCACAAUGUUGAGGUUACUUUAUAGUAUGUGUCUUUUAGAACUUCUGGUGUAGGCAGUCAAUGUACCUAAUAAAUACCUGAACUGAUCCUGAACUAUGCUGUACUUUGCUCAAACAAAGACAUUGCUAUGAGUUCAUAUCUUCAGUGGGAUAUGUUAAAAAAUUUUUUUAACAGAAAGUGUGUCUUUUAUUCUCUCACUCUUGGAGAGCAGCAUUCCCCUGUAGAAUUGGUUCAAACAGUCUUCUGCCGUUUGCCUCCAGACCUACAAAUAAGUAAAAGUUGGGUGUUGGACACAGAAAUGUAGGUCUGCUAAAAGAAGCACAAUUAAAUCAUUUAUAUGAAAAACUUUGUACCUGUGGCUGCUGCUGGACCAUCUCUUGUUUGGUUAGCAAUGCAAACGUCUAGUAGAGCAGCACAAUAUGGUUAUUUCUUGUGUAUGUCAGCUACAUCUAUUCAAAGCUCUGUGAUCUGCCAACCACUGAAGUUGAUUUAGAUAUUAUUGGAGUUAGGGAGGAAUCAGUUUUGGUGGUGGCUGCAUUAUCCAGGAAGGAAAUAAUAGCAUGUUAACAAAUAAGCCAAUUAACUCAGCAUGCAUCAUUCAGUUUGAACAGCUUCACUGCUACCUGUUGUACUGAUAUAAAGUGAAGAAUAGAGUUUAAUAUUGGAUGGCAGUCACAUGGUGUAUAACAGUCACUCUUCCAUAAUAGGUAACAUGUUGCUAAAACAAUCUGUUUUAAUAAUAGGCUUUUAGGGGCCAUUUUUACAGGUAUUUGUACACUAUAUUUGAGGUCUACAGUGCCCAAAUUCACCUGUACUAGGUAGUCAUUUCAAACAUGUCCUCCAUAUGGCAUUUGUGGGCAUGUGCUCCUUUAGCCCCACUAGAGUGCGCACCUAGGGGAGAUUCCAUGAGCAAAUGAGGCCCUUCCACACUAUCAGUACCAACAGAAUGCUGGCCCUGGCCUGGACGGCCCAGGCAAGCCCGAUCUCAUCUGAUCUCAGAAGCUAAGCAGGGCCGACUCUGGCAA